AUUAAUACAAUUACAUCAUCAAUCUUAACAAUCUUUAUUAUUCUUAUAUCCCCUAUAUUAAUUUCCCUAACAAACCUGACCAAACAUAUUAAUUUACCACUAUACGCCACCGCAUCAAUCAAACUCUCAUUUUUCCUUAGUCUACUACCUCUACUUUCAUUCUUUCAUCAAAAUACAGAAUAUAUAAUCGCUAACUGACACUGACUUACCAUUAACUCCAUUAAUAUUACAAUAAGUUUCAAAAUUGACUACUUCUCCAUUUUAUUUCUAUCAGUAUCAUUAUAUGUCACAUGGUCCAUCAUACAAUUUUCUUCAUGAUACAUACACUCAGACUACCAUAUCAACCGAUUUAUCAAAUACCUAACUAUAUUCCUAAUCACUAUAAUUAUUUUAACCUCAGCUAACAAUUUAUUCCAACUAUUCAUCGGUUGGGAAGGAGUAGGAAUUAUAUCUUUUCUACUUAUUGGCUGAUGAUACGGACGAGCCGACGCAAACACAUCCGCCCUACAAGCCAUCCUAUACAACCGAAUCGGAGACGUAGGCUUCAUUCUAGCCAUAACAUGAUAUUAUCUAAACACAAACUCCUGAGAACUUCAACAAAUUCUACUUACCAAUGACAACAAUCUUAUCCCUCUAAUAGGACUAUUAAUCGCAGCUACAGGUAAAUCAGCCCAAUUCGGCCUUCACCCAUGACUACCUUCAGCUAUAGAAGGACCUACACCAGUAUCAGCCCUACUGCACUCUAGUACUAUAGUUGUAGCAGGCAUCUUCUUACUUAUCCGAUUCCAUCCACUCAUAUCAAACAAUAACACAAUCCUAACAACAAUAAUAUGCCUAGGAGCCCUAACCACACUAUUCACAGCUAUCUGCGCACUUACACAAAACGAUGUAAAAAAAAUUGUAGCCUUCUCCACAUCCAGUCAACUAGGCCUAAUAAUAGUAACCUUAGGAAUUAACCAACCCUACUUAGCCUUCCUUCAUAUCUGCACACACGCAUUCUUCAAAGCCAUAUUAUUUAUAUGCUCAGGAUCAAUUAUCCACAAUCUAAAUGAUGAACAAGACAUUCGAAAAAUAGGAGGCAUUAUAAAAAUUAUACCAUUCACAUCAUCAUGCCUCAUUAUCGGCAGCCUGGCCCUUACAGGAAUGCCAUUCCUAACAGGAUUUUACUCCAAAGACUCCAUUAUUGAAUCUAUAAAUACCUGUAAUACCAACGCCUGAGCCCUACUAAUCACACUCAUAGCCACAUCAAUAACAGCCGUUUACAGCAUACGAAUCAUUUACUUUGUCGCCAUAACAAAACCCCGAUAUCCCCCUAUAAUUAUUAUUAACGAAAAUAACCCAAACUUAAUUAACCCAAUUAAACGACUAGCCCUAGGCAGCAUCCUAGCCGGCUACAUUAUCUCAAAUAGUCUCCCCCCAACUAACAUUCAAGUACUUACAAUACCAUGAUACCUAAAAAUUUUAGCUCUUCUAAUCUCCAUCCUAGGAUUCUUAAUUGCCCUAGAACUUAAUAACCUAACCCUAAAAUUCUCGAUUCACAAAAUCAAACCCCACUCAGUAUUCUCAACUUCACUAGGAUUCUUCCCAUCUAUCCUUCACCGAAUAAUUCCCCUAAAAUCCCUGGAUCCCAGCUUCAAAGUAUCCCUAGGACUUUUAGACAUGAUCUGACUAGAAAAGUCCAUCCCUAAAUCAACUUCAUUAAUUCAUACCUUCACAUCCAAAAUAUUAACUAGCCAAAAAGGAAUAAUUAAACUAUAUUUCCUAUCAUUUAUAAUUACCAUAAUCCUAGUUACUAUUAUUUACAUUAUUAAUCCCGAGUGAUCUCAAUAA